AGAUCUGGAUUUCACAUAUAUUGUUGCCUGUUCCGACUAUACAUAUAGAUAUACAGAGCGAGCAAGUUCUACUUGCAGCUGUGCCAGACUGUCGUGGGCCUUCUCUCCUUCAAACCCUGCGCAUGUGUGUUCCUGUCCACACAGACAUCAUCUAUAGAUACUAGUGAUGCACGCAGGUAAGAGACAGGAGCGCAGCCCGAGUAUCGAGAACAAGGCAAUAGCCAAGGCUCGCAAACGCGGCGCACUUUGCAAGCUGGAGGGAACAUUUCGCGCUCGCGCAUACAAAUUUGUGCGGAAAGAAAUCAGACUUGCCACCCCCAGCCAUUGAUCCCACCCUGCAAGUAUUGGGUAUAUCCGUCACACUUGGUCUCCUUCUCGUGGCUUCAUGAACACAUAAGGAAAGAAAUAAAAGAAGGAAAGAUUGAGUCCAGUGUUAAUCUCGUUUGGAAAAUGAUUCCAUAUUGUGCUUUGCCGUCCCACCUGGAGAUGGCCUUGGGGUGAUGGUGAUGUGUGUGAGGGGGUCAAAUGGUGAAAUGAGAGAUAUAUGAGAUCCAGGCUGUUCCUUGGUACAGUAUUACCAGACGGCUGUGUUGCACUACACAUUGUGGCACGGUACACACACGAUUAUAGUGAAACGUGGCGGUGGCAAACCCCUCGUAUCUAAGCUCUCUCCCCCUCCACAAGGUCCAGCAGAGU